UAAGGGUAAAUCUCACUCUCUCAAGCUCGUUCAGUUUGGGUUUCAGAAGGCCAAACAGAGAGAGAGCUCUGAAAAUGGCCUACUCCGCCGCCCGGCGCACAUUAGCCUCCGCCCUCACCCGAACCCUUUCCGCUCGUUCAAACCCCUCACUCUCUUCCCGCUCUCGCUUCGCUUCCGCUCUUCUCAACAACCAACAACCCUCCCUCGUUCCCGACCCGGUCCACUCCCAAACCCGCAAGCUUUCCGGGUCGGGUUACUCGCCCCUGAACGACACCUCUCCCAACUGGAACAACCGCCCGCCCAAGGAGACCAUCCUCCUCGACGGCUGCGACUACGAGCACUGGCUCAUCGUCCUCGAGUUCAGCGACCCUAAGCCCUCCGAGGAGGAGAUGAUCAAUAGCUACGUCAAGACCCUAGCUUCGGUCGUCGGAAGUGAGGAGGAGGCCAAGAAGAAGAUUUACUCGGUUUCGACGACGACCUACACUGGAUUUGGGGCUUUGAUUUCUGAAGAGCUUUCUCUCAAGGUUAAAGAGCAGCCUGGUGUUCUUUGGGUUUUGCCGGAUUCGUACCUUGAUGUGCCCAACAAAGAUUAUGGAGGGGAUCUAUAUAUCGAUGGGAAAGUCAUCCCCAGGCCACAGUAUAGGUACACUGAGAGGCAAAAUAACAGUCGAAACAGGCCUCGCCCACGACAUGAUAGACGCCGGGAAACAAUGCCAGUUGAAAGAAGACAGCCAGUGCAAAAAUAGAACAUGGUUCAGGAUUAGAGAGGGCCAAUGCAACAAUCAUCUCAGGACGAGUUUAAACACGAGGAUGUUUAAGUAUUCAAAACUCUAGUCUCAAAAUUUCUCAUCUUAUUUGUACUGAUGAAUUUGCGUGUUGGUUUAUAUACACCCGAACCAUAUUUAAUAACAUCACUAUGAAUUUAAGACUCGUGAAUAUUUGUGUCG